GAAACUGGCCCCGACUCAGCUGUUGUUCAAGAGAGAGACGGUGAAGAUGAGCGGCUGUGAGGAGCAGGAGGAGGCCUGGGAGGCUCUCACCUUCAUAUGAACCUCUGCUGGGACUCUGUGAGUGACUGACAGCUGUCUGUGGUGAGCAUGUCUGUGCACGAGGACUUCGAUCACCCGCGCUUCUUUGUGGGAGCGGAUGACGGCGAGGGAGACGAGCUGCUGGAUCCAGCCAGAGUGCUCGGCUAUGACUGCCUGUACGAGAACCUGGAAGAAGAGGAUGAAGACGGAGAGGAUGCAGAAUAUGAUUCGCCCCCGGAGAGACAGAUCGUGGUGGGUAUCUGUGCCAUGUCUAAGAAGUCAAAGUCCAAACCUAUGAAGGAGAUCCUGGAGAGACUGUGUCUGUUCAAAUACAUCACUGUGGUUACGUUUGAAGAGGAAGUCAUCCUGAAUGAGCCGGUGGAAAACUGGCCGCUCUGCGAUUGUCUCAUCUCUUUCCAUUCCAAAGGAUUCCCACUGGAUAAAGCUGUGGCUUAUAAGAAGCUGAGGAAUCCGUUUGUCAUCAACGAUCUGGAUCUUCAGUAUUUUAUUCAGGACAGGAGGGAGGUGUAUCAGAUACUGAAGGCCGAGGGAAUACAGCUCCCCCGCUUUGCGGUUCUGAACAGAGAUCCUGCCAGACCAGAAGAAUGUAAUCUGGUGGAGGGAGAGGACCAUGUGGAGGUGAAUGGAGAGAUUUUCCAGAAGCCCUUCGUAGAGAAGCCUGUGAGUGCUGAGGACCACAAUGUCUACAUCUACUACCCCACAUCUGCAGGAGGAGGCAGUCAGCGGCUCUUCCGCAAGAUUGGCAGCAGAAGUAGCGUCUAUUCUCCCGAGAGUAACGUCAGAAAGACUGGAUCCUACAUCUAUGAGGAGUUCAUGCCCACAGACGGAACGGAUGUGAAGGUGUAUACUGUAGGUCCUGACUAUGCCCAUGCAGAGGCCCGUAAAUCUCCCGCUCUGGAUGGGAAGGUGGAACGAGACAGUGAGGGGAAAGAGGUCCGUUACCCAGUCAUCCUCAAUGCCAGAGAGAAACUCAUCGCAUGGAAAGUCUGUUCGGCUUUCAAGCAAACCGUGUGUGGGUUCGACCUGCUCCGUGCCAGUGGCCAGUCAUACGUCUGUGACGUCAAUGGCUUCAGCUUCGUCAAGAACUCCAUGAAAUACUACGAUGACUGUGCAAAAAUCCUGGGGAACAUCAUCAUGAGAGAGCUGGCUCCACAGUUUCAGAUCCCGUGGUCGAUCCCUUUAGAAGCAGAGGACAUUCCCAUAGUUCCCACAACCUCUGGCACUAUGAUGGAGUUGAGGUGUGUGAUUGCUGUGAUUCGACAUGGUGACAGAACCCCGAAACAGAAGAUGAAGAUGGAAGUUAGACAUCAGCGGUUUUUUGACCUUUUUGAAAAAUGUGAAGGUUACAAAAGUGGAAAACUGAAAUUAAAAAAACCAAAGCAACUCCAAGAGGUGCUGGACAUUGCCAGGCAGCUGUUGCUAGAACUCGGCCAAAAUAACGAUUCAGAAAUUGAGGAGAGCAAAGCAAAGCUUGAACAGCUGAAAACAGUUCUUGAAAUGUACGGUCAUUUCUCUGGCAUUAAUCGCAAGGUUCAGUUAACAUAUCUGCCACAUGGCUGCCCUAAAACAUCUAGUGAAGAGGAAGACGUGCGGAGGGACGACCCGUCGCUCUUGCUGGUUUUGAAGUGGGGUGGAGAGCUGACUCCAGCAGGCAGGGUUCAGGCUGAAGAGCUUGGCCGGGCCUUCAGGUGUAUGUACCCUGGAGGACAAGGCGAUUACGCUGGCUUUCCCGGCUGUGGCCUCCUCCGUCUGCACAGCACAUACAGGCAUGACCUGAAGAUAUACGCCUCUGAUGAAGGACGCGUUCAGAUGACUGCUGCAGCGUUUGCUAAAGGCCUGCUGGCAUUAGAGGGCGAGCUGACGCCCAUCCUGGUGCAGAUGGUAAAGAGUGCGAAUAUGAAUGGGCUGCUGGACAGUGACAGUGACUCCUUAAGCAGCUGCCAGCAGAAAGUCAAAGCACGACUUCAUGAGAUUCUGCAGAAGGACAGAGACUUCACGCCAGAAGACUAUGAGAAGCUGGCGCCCACCUCCAGCACAUCUCUGGUGAAGUCCAUGCAGAUGAUUAAAAACCCUGUGAAGACGUGUGAUAAGGUGUACUCCCUCAUCCAGAACCUGACGCUGCAGAUCCGCCAGAGAAUGGAAGACCCCAAAUCAGCAGAUAUGCAGUUGUAUCACAGUGAGACUCUAGAGCUGAUGCUGCGUCGGUGGUCUAAACUCGAGAAGGAUUUCAAGAUGAAGAACGGCCGAUACAACAUCAGCAAGAUCCCUGAUAUCUAUGACUGCAUCAAAUAUGACGUGCAGCACAACAGCUUAUUAAAGCUGGACAACACCAUGGAAAUUUACCGGCUGUCCAAAGCACUGGCUGACAUCGUUAUCCCACAGGAAUAUGGUAUUUCUCAAGCUGAGAAACUGGACAUAGCCAAAGGUUACUGUACACCUCUUAUUCGCAAGAUCCGCUCUGACCUACAGAGGACACAAGACGAUGACACUGUUAAUAAACUGCAUCCAGUAUAUUCCAGAGGAGUCAUGUCUCCAGAACGCCAUGUGCGGACCAGACUUUACUUCACCAGUGAGAGUCACGUUCACUCGCUGCUGUCUGUCUUGCGCUAUGGAGCCCUCUGUGAUGAGGCCAAAGAUGAGCAGUGGAAGAGAGCCAUGGACUACCUCAAAAUAGUCAGCGAGCUGAACUACAUGACGCAGAUAGUCAUCAUGCUCUAUGAAGACCCAAACAAGGAUCCUUCGUCAGAGGACCGUUUCCAUGUGGAGCUUCAUUUCAGUCCAGGAGCUAAAGGCUGUGAAGAAGAUAAAAACCUGCCGUCUGGAUUUGGAUAUAGACCAGCAUCCAGAGAGAAUGAAGGCUCCAAGAAGAAACCCCAUAAUGACAGUGAUGAGGAGGCCGGUGGUGCUAAACGUGACGAGCCGGAUCGAGCUCAUAUGAUGUUCCGCCCCAUGGUGUCCGAUCCCAUCUACAUCCACAGGAAGUCCCCUCUUCCCCGCUCCAAAAAGAUCGGCUCUGUGGAAGAAGAGAGCCCCCUGAGUGUGUCUAGCCCUGACUCUAUAGGUACCUGGAUUCAUUACACCUGUGGUGUGGGUACUGGGCGUCGAAGACGCAGAUCAGGGGACCAAAUAACUUCCUCCCCAGUCUCCCCCAAAUCACUGGCUUUCACAUCCAGUAUUUUUGGCUCAUGGCAACAGGUUCUGUCAGAGAACAACAGCCACAGCAGACCCAGCAGACUGCACCCGGAUCUCAAGCUCACAGCUGGAAUAGGGUCUCAUUGCGCUGGCUUGUUUAGCACCAUGGUGCUGGGUGGCUCCUCCAGCGCACCUAACCUACAAGAUUACGCUCACGCACACCGUAAAAAGCUGACCUCCUCUGGCUUCUUAGAUGAGGCUACGCGUGGUUCUGCUGUAAAAAGAUUUUCUAUCUCAUUUGCGCGACACCCAACCAAUGUGUUUUCCAGUAUGUUCAGUGGUUUUGAGUUGUACUCCAUGGUUCCUUCAAUCUGUCCCUUGGAGACCCUCCAUAAUUCCCUGUCUCUCAAACAAGUGGAUGACUUCCUCACCUCCAUAGCCAUAUCUCAUGAUCCAGUACUGGAAAUAUCUGCAUCCUCCCCAGCUGUGCCCACCAAGAAGGCUCCUUUGAACACUUACACUCCAGCAAAAGUUUUGCCCUGUCCAUUCACCCAAUCUCUUGGCAAGAAGAUGUGCUCAUCAGAGAAGAGUGCAUCAGAUCAUGAUGAUUUUCCAGCCAGAAAACCCAGAGGUGUUUCAGCAGAUGUUUCAGAGUGUGGUGCGAGUAGCGGCAAAAGCUCAGAGACCAAGCAGCCCAAGCCUGCUCCCAACAUUUCCAUCCUUCUGCCACCUGAAUCUCAUGACUCUGCUGUUAAAACCCAACAACAAUCCAGUGGCACAGCAACACAUGAAACCCCUGCUCUAGAAAAUAAGAGUGCUACGGCAACCGUGUCAGGCUUUUACACAUGACAUCAAUCUACAAACCCCCAACCAGGGCAAAAACACGGCUAUCAAAGAUGACCACAUGCCAAGCACAUGGACAACUGAUGCAUAUGUUAACUGGACCCAGUGAACUAAAACUCACAGAGCAUGUUACAGGCCUCACCUCAUUACUUUUAGUGACAAGAAUUUGUCAUAAUUAGCUGUACCUUUAUUUUCAUUUGAAGGAACAUCUCGCUGAAUGUUUGAUACCAAAACA